UCUCGUUCAGUUGUGAUUGUGUUCGAAAAAUGUAUCUUGACGGUAUAUUAGCGUUAAAUAAUACAGUUAUAAAGGAUUGCACUAUUUAAAAAUAUUAAGUGAGAUAUCUUUCAAUAAGUUUUUUUCUGAUGCUAAUCGAAAUCUCACUACUUUUAUGGCUUUUUAUAGUACUUUAACUUUGUAGUUUCGUUUUGCUUAAGAAGUUAUGAAAUUUCUACAUCAGGUUUUCAACUUCAGCGAACAAGAAUUCCUGAUAAUUUAAGAUCAGAACUACUCCGCUAUAGUCCGUUUUGUUUCGAAUUGAAGUUUUAUAGUGUUAUUCAUUGAAGAACUUCUAAUGUUUUGAUCUUACCAGUAUUUCUUCAAAGAAUAGGAAAAAUUGUCAUGGCUGAUGAUGCAGAGCAGAGUUCAGAAUCCUUGUCUACCAGUGAAGAGUUUGAAAUAGUAUGUGGUUCAGAAACUGGGAAUACAAAAGUAGAUGAGAAAAACCGAAAAGUGCUUGAAAUGCCUACUAAAAGUUCUAAUAUUAUGCCAUCUGUAUUGAAUUCUAAUGUUAGUAUUCCUGACAAGGACCAAAAGGGCAUUGAGAAGAGCAAUCGUAUUGAAAAGCAGUUAAAAGGAGAGCUAGUUACAGAUCAUCCUUUAGCUCUUCUCAUUCCACAAACCCCUGAACAAGCAACUCAAGUUGAUUCUGCUAUUUGUAAAUCUGGAAGUGAAGGUAUAAAAUCUCCAGAGUCAGCAGUCACAAGCACAAAUAUAGGAAUCACACAAUCUUUAAGUUCUUUAGAUGAAAUUAGUCUUUCCCGAUCUUCAUCUCUCCAGUUUGCUGAAACAGAUUGUUCACUUUUUCCACACAUUACAUAUUUAGGAUGUGCUGUAAUAAAUGCUCCAAGAAGUGAAAAAGAAAUUCAGAGGAAUAUGGCUAUUCUUAAUGAACAAGCAUUGGAGCAGGCCAUAGAAAUAACUCUCUCAGUUCCUAGUCAUUCAGAGGGAUCAGUCAUUUUAUUAGAUUCAGAUGGUUCAAAUGAAAUAGCCAGCUUCUUAAUCCAUUGUAUUUUGUUUUGUGCACGUGGUAGACCAGAAACGACUGAAAAAGAAUGCUUUGCAUUUGCCUGCAGUCACGGAGAGACAGCAGAAACUUCAAUUUUUCAUUGCCAUGUCUUUAAAUGUGAUAGCCCAGAAACUGUUGUGAAACUGUUGCAGUGUUUUGCAGCUGCUUUUCACCGAAUUCCUAAACUUUCUCAAGGUCGAGCAAGUUCAAUAUCAUCUGAAAAAUGUAUGCCUAUUGGUUUAUCAGUCAAAAACAAUCAACAAGUCUUUGUGUUUGAAACAGUCCUUGAUAUUAAAGAAGAGGAUAACAAGGUCAACUGUUUUGGAUUGCUAAUAACACCAGGAAGAAAUCUGGAUCAUUCUGAAAUGCAUGCUUUAGAAGGGGUCUUGAUGAACAAAGUUGUGAAUGAAGAUAAAACGAUAUAUCACAUUUCUGCUAAUUGGAACCCUGCUGAUCCCAUUUUUGAGAUUUUAAAUACACCUACCAUUCGAGAUAGUCAGGUAUACUUGAGUGUUGCCGUAGACUUGGUAUUUGCUGGAAUUGAUGAGCCAACUAGAUUUGUUAUUGAAACAAAAGCAAAGAUUUUUGCAGCAAAUGAACGAUUCUGGUAUUUCUCCAAACGGGCUUUGCACGAUCAAUUUUAUUUACGACUCAAAGAGAUUGAGAAUGAAUCUGAUAAAAAUACGAUGUAUGAAGUCGUGAGUUUGGAAAAUUCUGCAAGAAAAAAGUUUCCAUGCAGCCGAUCUUAUCAAGGAAGUGAACACUCUUUAGCAUCACAUGAUCAAGAUUCUGAAUCAGAUAAUGAUGAACCACUGCCUAGUGGUACUGGUGAAGUAAGCAAGGAAUGUACAUCGUUAGAGCUGGAAGGAUGGGCUGAAGUUUUGCAAAAAUGGAGGCAGAAUUUGAAUCAAAGACCAAAGCAUCUUGCACCUUUAGUUAAAAGGGGUAUUCCAGAAGCUUUACGUGGUGAAGUUUGGCAACUUCUGGCUGGUUGUACAGAUGAUCGACAAAUAGUUGAUACAUAUAAAAAUUUAAUUUCUAAGGAAUCUAGUUGUGGUGGAACUAUUCAGAGAGAUAUAAAUCGCACUUUUCCUGCACAUGAAUAUUUUAAAGAAAGUGGUGGAAUAGGACAAGAUUCCUUGUUCAAAAUAUGCAAGGCUUAUUCUGUUCAUGAUUCGGAAGUUGGUUAUUGCCAAGGGCAGUCAUUUUUAGCAGCAGCUCUUCUUUUACAUAUGCCUGAAGAGCAAGCCUUUAGUAUCCUUGUAAAAAUAAUGUAUGAGUAUGGCUUGAGAAAUUUUUUUAAGAAUAGCUUUGAAGAACUUCAUUUACGACUAUAUCAGCUUGAAAAAUUGAUUGAAGAGCAUAUACCAGAGUUGCAUGCACAUUUCUCAGAUUUAGGAAUUGAAAUGCAUAUGUUUGCUUCUCAAUGGUUCCUUACUUUGUACACAUCUAAAUUUCCAUUAGUGGUUGUCUUCUAUAUAUUGGACUUAUUUUUAUUAGAUGGUAUUGAUACUUUGUUUCAAGUAGCUUUGGCUCUUUUAAUGAUGUCAAAAAAGGACUUGUUAGCUUUAGAUUUUGAGGGCAUUUUGAAGUACUUCAGGGUUACUCUUCCAAAAAAGUAUAGAAGUGAAAAGACUGCUAGGGAGCUGUUAUCUGUUGCUACAAGUAUUAAGGUCAAAAGACUGAAAAAAUAUACUAAAGAUUACAUGACCCAAAAAGAGCUUCAAAAGCAUCAAGAAGAUCCUCUGACCAAAUUGCAGCGAGAAAAUAGCAAAUACCAACUUAACAACUUAAGGCUUGAGCAUGAAAAUGACAGUUUAGUGAAUGAACUACUUACUGUGAGAUCCCAACUUGAAAGUGAACUAAAAUCUCUGAUGUGGAAGAUGGAAGUGCAACUUCUGCAUCCCAUCAUUUUUGCAGUGAAGCAGGAGGUUAUGGGCAGAGUUUGCAGUGAAGGAGCUAAGAGUGAAAGAGAGACUACCAACACUCAUGCCAGUUUGGAGUAUCAAGCAAAGUUUUCAUCUUUGAAGGUGGCUCUUGAAAAAUUAGAAAGCUACUGUAAAGAAAUUAGCACUACAAAAAAGUCUUUAGCAGAAGUAGAAGAUGAAAAACGACGUUUGGAAACUGAAGUCAAUCAACUAAAGGAAUUAUGUAGAAGAGAACUGCAACAAGCUGAAAGUGAAAUUUCUCGCAACAAUACAAUAAUAUCAGAGUAUAAGCAAAUUUGCAGCCAGUUGAAUUUGAGGUUGGAAAAGGAACAAAAGCUUUUUCAAGAUUUCAUAAACACAGUAAAGAAUGAAAUUGGGGAUUGUGAAAUUUGCUGCAAAAAAAUCUUUGCCUCAAAUUAUUCACUUAUUAAGAAAAGUAACAGUGUAACUAAUGAGUCAAGUAUCGAUGCUGUUGAUAGUGAUAAACAAAUUCGAGAACUUGAGCUUGAACUUGCUCAGACAAAGUUAGCAUUAGUGGAAGCAGAAUGUAAAAACCAGGAUCUUAUUCACCAACUCAAUAGUGCCAUUGCUGAAAUUCAAGCUUCAAAGAACACAUGGUUGCAUAAAACAUGGUCUUCCCUCCGGGAUGUAACCAAAAAGGAUGGUCCAUCAAGCACUGACAAUAAAGAAUCAACUUGAUUCUUCUUGUUUAGAUAUGGCUGCUUUUUAUAUGAUUUAUGCUUUCUCUACCUGAGAAAGCUUUAUAUAAAUGCAUUCCCUAUGUCCUUCAAAUAUUUUUAUUCUAAUGAAAUGCUUAUGGCUUUGAAAGAAGAAAGGACGUAUGAUGGCUGUGCCAUAUGUAAAAAGAUGCAAAAUUCAGGAACUGGAAUAGUUAAUGAGGCAUUUAUAUAUCCAAUGCAAUGUUAAGAGUUUCAUUAUUUUAUUAGAGAGCUUGACUUGUUGCAGUUGAAAACAAAGGAACUUUUAAGAUGUGCAUUAAUUAGUGCCAUUUUGUAUAUAAUGCAGAUUAUAUUAUAGUAUGUGAUAAGUUAAAUAUUAUUUUAUAUAAAAAUGGAGUCUGUUUUUAUUUUUCUCUAUGAAAUUUUGUGAACUCGAUGGCCUGCAUGUUUGAGAAACUGGUGCCAGUUAGUCAAAUGUUUUGGUGUUUCUUUAAUUUUCACCUAUUUUUUAACAUUCCAGGGACUUCAAUCAUUGCCUGAUGUGUUCAUAUUAAACUUGCUAAAUUAAGUCAUAUUAAACACAACUGCUACACAGUUGCAGGAUGUGUUAAACUGUUUUUUGUCUAUGCCACUGUAAUAUAUGAUUCACCUAUUUAAAUAUAUAAAUAUUUAGAUUAUUUAGUGCACUACUUUUUAUAUUGAUAAAUUAAAUGCAGAACACUAGUGAAAGUUCCGUAUUUUGGUGCUGUAUAUUUAUAAGAAAUGUUAGAUGCAUAAAUAAAGACUUUAUUUAAGUAAAAGAACCCACGUUUUAUGUAUAGUUCUAAGAUUAAUUUUUAAAUAUUAUAAAACUGUGUUGGCCUGAUUAUCUGUUUUGCUUGGAGAACCAAGAAAACAAUUUACUUUCUUUAAGUUUUAUUCAUUUUGUUUGAUGAAUUUGAGUUAUUUUUCAUUAAUUACUAUAAUUUUCGUUACAAGGGCUAAACUACCAUAGAACUGAAGAAGAAAAAUAACAUGAUAAUAUAAAUUUGUGACAUCAAAAAGAACUUUUAUAAUUUUUUUAAAUUUUGUUUGAAUGAAUUAUCUUUUCAAAAAUUAAUAUAAUUUCAUAAUUAUCUUAAUUUUAUGUAUAAUUAAUAUUAUAAUUUUAUAUAUCAAAUAAAUAUAAUUUCAUUUCCAAGGGCUAAAUGCCAUAGAAUUGGAGGGGGGAAAUUAAGUGAAACUGAAAACAUGACAUUAAGAAGAAUUUUUAUAAUAUAAAUUUUACAAAAUAAAUUGAAGUCUAACUUAGUUCUAAAACAACACUGUUGCAGGGUUUUCUCCUCUUCAUGUAUUUUAUAUAGAUUUAAUAAGAAUAUUAAACGUUUCUAACAGUAAAUUAUUACUGUUUUUAGUAAUUAUUUGAAAUAUGAUGAAGUAGUGUGUAUCUAGGUUAGUGACUCAAAAAUGGGAGAAUUUAAAUAUUGUAGUUUAAUACAUUUAACUGAGUACUAAGGGGGGGAUUUAAUUUUGCACAAUUUCCUAGAAUUUAACUGUAAAAUAUUUAGUUUUAUUUUUACUUAAAUAUUUCACUAGAAAUUUAUAGUGGGGCUUUAUUAUUUUUUAAAUUUAAAUUAAAAUAGGGAUUAUAAGAAAGUUGCUUGAUAAAACAAUGCAUAGCCUCUCUAUGAAAAUUUAUUCAUUAAGUAUAAAUAUGUAUAGUAUUUAUUUAUUACAGAAGCUUGAAUGUGAAUGAAUUUUUAAUUUCAUAGAACAUGUUUGAAGAACUUAAGGAUUAAACCGUAUGCCCUCCUGAAAAGUAAAGUAAAUGUAUUCUCUUUUUUAAAUUGUGAUAUUUUAAACAUUUAUGGACUACUAGAGGUUAAAAUGAAUUUUUAUUAUUGUAAACUUAAAAAUGUAGAAAUGCACAGGUGAUUUUGUAACUCAGAUUUUGAUAUAAUUUCUUUGUCAUAGCAAUUUAAAAAAGAAGGGGGUUAAUUUCAGUGGCUAAAACUGUACUAAUCUCUCUGCAAGUCUGUAAUUCCCUAGCUUUUAAACUAGUAGGUGGUUUUCUGAGAAAUUUUAAAUUCAACAAAUGCUUAAGGCUUAUUAAUAAAAAUUUUAAUACUCUGUUAUUCUGACCAAGAACAUUCCUUUCAUUAUGUCCUUAAAACAUUUUCUAACUAGUUAGUAGUUUUCAAGCAGCCUAUUCUGAUUACUUUUAUCAUCUUAAAGAAAAUAAAAAAAAAAAACCUGUUAGUAGCCACUGCAGGUACUGAGCAUUUAUGUUUUAAUUACACAUAUCCCUCAUUAUGCUUGUUUACUGUAGUUGUACCAAAGUGAAUUAGUUUCAUCUUGGAGAGAAAGCAUGGAAGCACUUGCUUGGAUUAUAAAUUCAAUAUAAAACUCAAAUGUGAAAUAAUUAAUUUACUAAAUUUCAGUCACAUAUUUCCUAACAACUGUUAAUGUUAGAUUAAUUAGUUUAGCAUGUUUCAGAGUGUGAGUUACUUUAUCACAAGUGGUUAAAAAUACAAUAUGUUAUUUUGUUCCUAAACUUAAAAUAUUUUUGAAAAAGCUCAAAGCAAAAUAUAAAAUCAUUGCAGGACUUUUUUUUUCCUUUUUCAGUACAAACUGAAGACUUUAAAGCUAAUGGCUGAUAAUCAGAUGAUCCAGGAAAUUGUUAUUUGUUUCACUUUGUAUUCAACAUUUUAUAAUGCUAGUUUUCUAUGAAAAAGUACUUUGUGUGUGUAUUUAAAAAAAGAUCAAAACUGCAUUAUAGAAAAAUGAAUUGCUCUGAUGAAAAUUUAUGUUUGCUUUAAUUUAAUUAAAACAUUAACUAUAUACUAUUGAAAAAAGUUUAACUAUGAAAAAAAAGAACUUUAUUUUAAAAAAUAAUUAAGAAAAGUCAUUUUAUGCUUAAUUUAUUUGUGAUGAAAUGUGUGGAUAAUAUAGUAAGUAUUUGCUUAUUAAGACCUUUUUAGUACUUAUACAAGGAAGAGACAGUACUCAGUGAUUAGGCAUGAAUUUCAUGAGUUUCUUUAUCUGUAACUUUUCUGUAAGGACUAGUGAAUGCAAUUGUUUUGUAUCAGUUGUUUUAUUUGUAACUUUAAAUUACAGUGUUUAUUAAGUAUAUUAGCUUUUACCAACUUAAAAUAAACUUCUCUUUAUUCUUUUCUUGUGCUUCAGGCAAAAUGAUUUAAACAAACAGUGUUGUGUAUAUUUCUCUCUUCUUUCUUCCCCUCCCUUUGCAUAAAUUUUCAACUAUGUUGAUUUAGAUUUGUUUAAUAAUUUUGUUAAGGGGAAAAAAUAUUUACCAGUGCUUAAUUUUGAAGGUUUACUAUGCUUUUUUAGUUAUUUUGAAUUAUAUGUAGAACUAAAUAUAUGCAUUAUGAAGUGUAAAAUAUUAUGUUAAAGGGAAUUACAUUGAUUGUUUAUGCAUAUGUAAAUAUAGAGAGAGAGACAGAUAGAAUGCUUUCUUUAUUUUAUUAAGUGUGAUAUAGAUACAUUGGAUAAAAAAUAUGUUGGAUAAAAAAUAUGUUUGAUACUGUAGAAAUGUAUUGAUGUAUAGUUUAUUUUGUGUGUGUGUGUUUGUGUAUGUAUGUGUGAUUUGUAUAAAAUACUAAAAGUUAACUAUUGUAAUUAAUACAGUAUAUGAUACUAAAAUAACAUUUAAUAUCUAAGAUUUGACAGAUUUAUUAUAUCUUUAUGUAAAAAAUAUCAAUUUUAUUUCAAAAUUUAUGUAUUAUUUUUUAAACAUUUUUUAAUUAGCUUGUCAUACAUCUCCAUGCUUCCUUAUAAAUGCCAUUAUUUCAUUUAUAUAUCUCCGUGCUUCCUUAUAAAUGCCAUUAUUUCAUUUAUUAUAAUUUUUUAUGAAUUUGAGCAUUAUAAAUAGUUGUUGACUUUUCAGAUAUGCUCUCAAUUCUGUUUAUAUAUAGUAGAUUGAUUCUUUUGAAAUAUGGGGAGAAAAAAGUUACAGUGCAUAUGAAAAGUUAAAGAUUGGUUUUAAAUGUAAAAAACUAUGAAAAACAAAAGAAAUUUUUGAAAAGAUAACAAGAUGUUUUAACUUAAUGGUAUUUUAAGCAUUUGAAUAGAUAUACCUUUAUUUUAUCUGAUAAACUGAAAAGGUAUAUAAAUAUAUAUAUAAAUAAAUAAUCACUUCGAAAAUAAAUAAUCUAAGAAUACAAAGUUAUCAAAAAACAUGUGUAUAUGCUUAUUAAUAAGAUUUUAUUUUUUUUCCCAUUUUAUUUUAAUUCUCUUUAAAUAAAUUAUACUUUUUACUACACAUUUCCCUAUUUAUUAUCAAUCAUCAGCUUUUUUUAAAAAAAUUCUUUAAGCUAGUGUAUUAAAGUAAUUUCUAUAAAUAAAAAGUUCUGUUUUUGUUGGUGUUUAACUGUAAAAUACGGAAAAUACAUUUAAUCAUAUAUUGAUGAUGUGCAAUUUUUAUUCUAGGAGUUUUUCUUCUCAAAGUAUGAAUUUAAUAGUAACACUUAUAAUUCAUAAAUAACAUCUUUAUGAUUAAUAACAAGUUUUAAAUAUGUUUUUGGGAGGGUGUAAAAAAAAAUUUUUUUUUUUUUUUUUUUUUUUUUUAAGAAUUUAAUUCAGGUAAAGAUUUUUAAAAAGAAGCCAUCUUAAAUCAAAAUAAAUAAUGUAAAAAGAUAAUUGGAUUUCUUCUUAAAUCAUAUUAAAUGAGAAUGCAAAAAGAAAAAAAAUGUAUCUAUGUAAAAACAGAGAAUUGUUAAUUUUUUAUUGUUUUGACGACAUCAUUUUGCAGAUGUGUGAGUUAAGGAGCUUUUUAAGUUACAGAAAAUAGGAACUAGAAGUUAAAAAGAUUUCUUGAUUGAUUUCCCCAUUUUUCAUAUUUAGUUGUUUUCUGAAACUCAUUUUUUAAAAUAUAUUAUAGCUUUUUUAUGUAAAGUUAUUUAUAUAUCAUUUACUACUAAAUUGAGAAAUUUCUUAGAUUUUUAAUAAUAGUAAUAUCACUUAACUGAUAAAGAGUGAUAUGCAUUCUGUUACUUUGGCCAUUUUUUAUAUGCCACAACUAAACUGAGUCCAAUAUUGGAAUAUGGGCAGUUUGCAUCUUACUGAAACCAUGACAGUGAUCAUGAAAGCAAGUUGUUCCAACGAGGAUGUACCCUCAAUACUUUUAGAUGAUAUAUUGUUAUCGGUCUCACUGAUUCAUAAAAUUCAGUUUGCAGUUUCUGAGAAAAAUGUAAAAGAAAAUAAUAAUUAUACCAUUUAACUGUAUCAGCAUUAUUUUAUUAGGUGUAUUUUUUAAACUUUUUUAUACCAUAUAUAUACAAUUUUAUUAUACCAUACCAUUAAAAAAAACUUUAUUUACACAUAAGAAUUGUUAUUCAAAAAGUGCUAAAUUCAAUCUAACUCCUUUCUUAGCUUCUUUUAAAGAUGUAAUUUGUGCAAAAUCUGAGCAAGAUAAUUUUGUACUUAUGCUUUCUUCCAACAUAUAAUUUCUUAUUAUUUUCAGCCUAGCUUUGAGUAUAGGUGUCUCUAGCUAACUACUAAAUAAGGUUCAAUAAAAGUAUAUUAAACUUUUUUCUCAAUGAAAACUUCACCACCUAAACUUCCUCUAUUAUUUAGUUUCUUAUCUAAUGGUAAUUUUAAAGAAAAAGUUUCUGAAGUUCUUCAUCUAAAAGCUCUCAGUUAAGUCUAACAGCAUUCAUUUUACCUAAAGAAUGCAGAAAAGAAUUAAUAUAACUUAGAAUUAUUUUUAAGUAUAAAAGAAAUUCCAUUGAAAAAAUAGUAUAAGUACAUUUGUACUUAAAAGUUAGUCAGUUCAUGUUAAAUUAAAAGUUAAUCAAGCAUUAAUUCAACGAUCAUAAUGUAUUGUGAAAUAUAAUCGUAUUCAGUAAACAUAAUAUAUUUAAUUGAGAGCUGUAAAAAAAUUGUUUUAUUCAUAUAAAAUUGUCUUUUGUUAUUUUGAAUUUACUGCUGUCAAAUGUUAUAGGUUAAAAUUUAAAAUUAGUAAAAUAUAAUUUUUUAAGAAACAUUACUGUAUUUUGUAUUAUAUGGAUAACAAUUAACUAUAAAUUCAUGUGGAGUAAACUAUAACUAUAAAUUCUAACUAUUCAAAAUUAACUGUAAAUUCAUGUGGGCAUGAUCCUAUUGUAUUACAUAAGACAGAUAACAAUUAAAAAAAUGAUCCCUUAAAAGAAAGUGUGUCAGUAGUAGAAGCAUAUAAAUAUUAAACACAAAUAUUUUAGUAAACUUUUUUUAAGUUUACAUGAAGCUACAAAUGCAGUUCUUUUCGUAAUUAUUUAGAAUUAUAAGGUAAUUUGUAAGAUACCAUAGAAGAGAAGCAAAUAUGGAGAGUUUAAAUUAUUAGCCGUUUUUAUUAUAAUUAUUAUUAGGGAAUGGUAUUUUUUUCAUUUUCAAAAUCGAUAGUUCAAAUCUUUGAGCUGUUAUUCAAUAAUUAUUAGAAUACUUUAAAAUACAAAAUAUUAAUUUGAAAAAUUGAGCUUGACCAUGACUUGAUAUGUAUCAUAUUGUGACUUUUACUUUUCAAAUGACUAUUAUUAACUCAGGUUACAUGAAUAAGGUUUUGCAUUUUUUUUUGUGCCAAGUAUGUGUGAAUAUUAUUAUAAUUAUUAUUAUUAUAUAAUUAUAGAGCAAUUCUUGUUUCACUGUAGAAGAGUGAAAUACAAAUAAUCUUUGAAUGCUUUCUUCCCCUUUAUUUUAAGUGCCAUACAUUAAGAAAUGUACUAAGGAUUGCAAGCAACUGUUCUUAUAAUUAGAAUCAGAUCAGCUCUGUAAAUAUUUUGUUAAAUUUUUUCACACUUCAGUAUUUUUGUUGUGAUUAGUCUUAUUUUUGUAGUAAAUUUUAAGUUUGCUAGAAUCAGUAUUAAUUUUCUCACCUGUAAAUAAACCAAGCUUUAUCAAUUUGAUUAUAAUGCAUCAUAGAACAUGUCUUAUUAUUAUUGUUGGGGAAAUUUGUGAAGGCCUUUUUUUUUUAAUUGCAUAUUUUGUUGUUAUAGAUGCACCACAAGUCCACAAAUCUGCAGUGCUAAUGAAACUGCUACUUACCGUGCUUAUAGUUCGUACUAACAUAGUUACAUGGGUUCCAAAUACAUUUUGUUAGUGAAGUAUUUGAAUAUUUAUAUUUAUUAUGAUUGUUUUCAGAAUAACACAGAAUAAACAUAUUUGUACAUAAAUUAGAUUCUUUUCUUGGAUAUAGUUGUAUCAUUAUAGUAAUGUCUGUAACUGAAUGAAUUAUCUCAUUUUUUUAAUUGUGCUUUGUAUAAUUCAUUUUUCUUACAUUACAUAAAUAGGCAUAAUUAGGGUAGCAGUCUUCAUUAUAGCAAUUAGAAAAUGUUGACAGAUUUUAAUCAUAGAUCUGUAAUGUGUAUUUUUUUCAAUAUCUAAAUAUUUGCAAAUAUGAAUAACUUGUUUCUAAUAUUAAAAAUGUUCUCAGAAAUUCUCAUUUUAAUUAUAUUGAACUAAAAAUUUACUGUAAAUUAUUUAGCUGCAUA